AUGUUAAAGAUAAAAGAGUUUACGACGGGUUUAUAUUAUACUGGUAAUAUGAGAGUACCACUCGAAUAUUAUAAUUUAACCACAUUGAAGGUCAUUCUAUACGAUAUUUAUUGGAGGAAAUACGACAGUAUCAAUUACAAGAUAAAUCCCAAAUUUAGCUUAUAUCACAAAUGGUAUUGGCAUGGAUUAACCUUUGUCAGCUCUAAUAUGGCUAUAUUCUUGCUAGGUCACCACCCACUCCUCGGCUCUGUUAAAUACAUCAUUACUAAAACCAGUCUCCAAAGCAAUGAUACGAUUAGAGCAGCAUUGGACGAAACACAAAUGUGGUAG